AUGUCGAUCUGGGACGCCUUCACCGGCAGAAAAUCCUCCAAGCAGAGUGCAGAACCACAGCCUGCAGAGCCUGCGCCUUCGGCUGGAGGUUUCGCGCAAGCACCAUCCUUCGACCCUAAUGCCCCGACAGACGUAUCGUCGUUUCUCGGGAGCGCCUCUCUUCCCGAUGCUUCAAAACUUCAUCCUCUCGCCGGUCUAAAUCAGCAGACACUGGACUAUCUGACGUUAGACGAAUCCCAACUGUCAGAGCUCCCGGGCUCGAGAUCAAUAUUACCUUCACGCGGCUGGUCGGAUGAUUUAUGUUACGGCACAGGAGUUGUAUAUCUGACAGCGCUGACGACUGGUGGAGCAUGGGGUUUGAUAGAAGGGUUGAAUCGAACGCCGGCGUCUGCACCGCCCAAGCUGCGGUUGAACAGCGUUUUGAACAGCAUCACCAGACGAGGGCCCUUCCUCGGGAACUCGGCUGGUGUGGUUGCGAUGGUGUACAAUGGUAUCAAUUCGACCAUUGGCUACUACCGGGGAAGACAUGAUGCGGCAAACAGUAUCGUGGCGGGCGCACUAAGCGGUGCGAUUUUCAAAUGCACAAGAGGCUUGAAGCCCAUGUUGAUCUCCAGUGGCAUCGUUGCUUCACUGGCGGGAGUCUGGGCUCUCACCCGGAAAGUCCUUUUCGAGCCUCCUGAGGACGAAGCCUCUACGUCAGCAAAUCUUUAA